AGCAAGUUUAAUAAGAUAAAUAUGAAUAUUUUGCAGACAGCACAGCGGGUGGCCAUCACAAAUGGUUCCAUUCAGUCUGUGAGGGCAGCUUCUGGACAGGCACAGGUUUUUGCCAAUAUAACCGAAAAUGCAACUAUACAAGCUAGACCUUAUAAAGAGAUCCCACGUCCUGGGAAGAUAGAGUUCAUAAGGUCGUUCAUGCCGGGUGGCGAGUUCCAUGACGCCUCCAUUGUGGAUUAUGCGGCAGCGAUGAGAAGUCGUUAUGGGGAUAUCUUUAUAAUGCCCGGAAUGUUCGGACGCAAGGAUUGGGUGACCACGUUUAGUACCAAGGAUAUAGAGAUGGUAUUCCGCAAUGAGGGAAUUUGGCCCGAACGAGAAAUGUUCGCUUCGUUUCAACACUACCGGACUAAAAUAAGGCCAGAUGUUUAUGGAGAAAAUCCAGGUCUUGUGGCAUCGCAAGCGGAGACUUGGGGUAAAAUUCGAUCAGCCCUGAAUUCAAUUUUCAUGCAACCCAAGGGCCUAAGAACCUACUACGAACCACUUUCCUACAUCAACAAUGAGUUUAUUGAGCGAAUCAAGGAAAUACGAGAUGUUAAGACCCUGGAGGUACCUGAUGACUUUAUGGAUGAAAUGAGACGUCUGAUUUUCGACUCCCUUGGUUUGGUGGCCUUCGAUCGCCAAAUGGGUUUGAUCAGACAGAAUCGGGACAAUCCCGAUGCUCUAGUAUUGUUUAAUAUGGCAAGAAAAGUGCUCCAAUAUGUCUUCGAAUUGGACGUCAAGCCAUCGAUGUGGCGGUAUAUCUCAACUCCUGCAUAUAGGAAAAUGAUGAGCGUUCUCGACGAGUCCUUGCUGGCUGCGCAGAAUAUGUUGAGGGAAACCCAGGAGUUGUUGGAAAAGCGCCGCCAGUCAGGCGAGGAGGUGAAUAGCAACAGCAUGCUGGAGCGGAUGAUGGACGUGGAUCCGAAACUGGCGGUUGUUAUGAGUUUGGACAUCCUGUUUGCCGGAGUUGAUGCCUCAUCUAAUUUGUUGUCAGCUGUGCUGCUUUGUCUGGCUAAGAAUCCCGAAAAACAGGGCAAACUGCGAGAGGAACUUCUGAAGAUUAUGCCCACCAAGGACACCCUUCUCAACGAGGACACCAUGAAGGAUAUGCCUUACCUAAGGGCAGUGAUCAAGGAGGCCCUGCGAUACUAUCCCAAUGGUUUGGGCAACUUGCGAAUUUGCCCCACAGACGUCACCCUCUCUGGUUACAAUGUGCCAAAGGGCACUAACUUGGUUUUGGCUUCAAAUAUUCUUAUGCACGACAAAAACUACUAUUCGGAGCCUGAGAAGUUCCUGCCAGAGCGCUGGCUAAGGGAUCCCGCGACUGGAAAGAAGACCCCGAUCAAUCCUUUUACCUUCUUGCCAUUUGGCGCCGGACCUCGCAUGUGUAUUGGCAAAAGAUUGGUGGACCUGGAAAUUGAGACGAGUGUUGCUAAGUUGAUAAGGAAUUUCCAGGUGGAAUUCAACUACGAUUCCAGUCGUCCCUAUAAGACUUCCUUCCUCAUGGAACCGGCCAUUCCUUUCCGCUUUAAGUUCAGUGAUAUCGACCAAUAAUGGCUUUAA